GUUUCUAGAAGAAGGGAGCUUAGAAGAGGCUGAAAUACAAAAGCAGAGGAUUGAACAGCUGCAGAGAGAAAGGCGGCGGGUCUUGGAAGAAAAUAAGGUGGAGCACCAGCCGCGGUUUUUCAGGUAAUCUGGAGCUCUCAAAAUGUUUGCCAAAGCAACAAGGAAUUUUCUUAGAGAAGUUGAUGCUGGAGGUAACCUGAUCACAGUAUCAAAUUUGAAUGACUCUGAUAAAUUACAACUUCUAAGUCUGGUGACCAAAAAAAAGAGAUUGUGGUGCUGGCAGAGACCCAAAUACCAGUUUUUAUCUGUCACCCUGGGAGAUGUACUCACAGAAGACCAGUUUCUGAGUCCAGUGGUCGUGGAGUCGGACUUUGUGAAGUACGAGGGCAAGUUUGAAAACCAUGUGAGUGGGACCCUGGAGACGGCAUUGGGGAAGGUCAAGCUGAACAUUGGUGGCAAAGGCCUCGUGGAGAGUCAGUCCUCGUUUGGAACCCUGAGGAAGCAGGAGGUGGACUUGCAGCAGCUCAUUGGAGUUGCCCAGGAGAGAACAAUAAAUCUGAAGAAUUCAGUGCUGCAGCAGGUGCUGGAGAGGAAGAAUGAGGUCCUGUGUGUCCUGACACAGAAGAUAGUGACGACGCGGAAGUGUGUGAUAUCCGAGCACGUCCAGAUCGAGGAGAAGUGCGGUGGCAUGGUGGGGAUCCAGACCAAGACCGUGCAGGUGUCAGCGACGGAGGAUGGGAACAUCAUCAAGGACAGCAAUGUGGUGCUGGAAAUCCCGGCUCCCACCACCAUCGCCUACGGUGUCAUCGAGCUGUAUGUGAGAGCAGACGGCCAGUUCGAAUUCUGCCUCCUGCAAGGGAAGCACGGGGGCUUCGAGCACGAGAGGAGAAGUGACUCUGCCUUCCUGGACCUCCUGCCCUUACGAGAGUUUGCGUUCUGGGACACGCCAGAUGCUGGGCAAGGGCUGCCUGCCUCGGAUGGGCCACUGAGUGUUUUAAAACAAGCCCCUCUGUUCUUGGAGAGGAAUUUCCAUCCCUUUGUGGAACUGCCAGAGCAGCAACAGAGAGCUCUGAAUGACGUCCUCCAGGCGGUCCUGUUUGAUGAAGAAUUACUCUUGGUUCUGGAGCAAGUGUGUGAGGACAUAGUCAGCAGCCUGUCACCCUCAUUGGCGGUGCUGGGGAAGCUGAAGCCUUCACAGCAGCGGGACCUCGUGGCCUUCCUGCGGCUAGUGGGGUACAGUGUGCAGGGCGAGUGUCCAGGCCCAGAGGAUGUGGUCCACAACCAGAAACUCCUUUCUACGGCCUACUUCUUGGUCAGUGCGCUAGCAGAAAUGCCAGAUAACGCAGCAGGUCUGCUGGGCACUUGUUGUAAGCUCCAGAUUAUUCCUACACUGUGCCAUCUGCUCCAUGCUCUGUCUGAUGAUGGUGUGUCUGAUCUUGAAGACCCAGUCUUGGCUCCACUGAAAGAUACAGAAAGGUUUGGGAUCGUGCAGCGUCUGUUUGCCUCAGCUGACAUUAACCUGGAGAGACUGCAACCUUCUGUGAAAGUUGCCACCCGGAAGGACCCUAACGUUUUCCCACUGAUUCUUUAUAUAAGCCUGAAUGGACUCUCUGCUUUGGGCAGAGCACAGUAACAGUGUCAUAUGUGGAUUACAGGACAGAGGGGGCCAGUUCAAGGACAAGAGAGCAGUCGGUCAGCCAGCCAGCAAGGAAGGGGACUUCGGUCCUACAACUGCAUGCAACUGGAGUCCAACAACAACAUGCAAGAGCCUGGACGCAGAUUCUCCUCCAGACCUGCAGGUAAGAGCCCGGGCAGGGCCUGGGAGACAGCUUCACUUUAGCCUGGUGAAACUUGUGUUGGACUUCAGACCUACAGAACUGAGAUGAUAAGUUUGUAUUUUAAGCUGCUAAGUUUGUGGUAAUUUGUUACUGCAGUGAUAGAAAACUAACAGGUAGUAUAAGACGGAAGAAUGAACCACACACAGUUGGACCCUUGAACAACAUGAGUUUGAACUGCACAGGUCCACUUAUAUGGGGAUUUUUUUCAAUAAACACUACAGUACUAUACAAUCCACAGAUGCCCACCCAUGCAUACCAAGGGAUGAUUUACUUAAAACCUAUUUUUAUUUUGGAAUAUAGGUGAAAAACUCUUUGACAUAAAGCAUAACAAUAUUUUCUUGGAUCAGUCCCCCAAGGCUAAAUAAAUAAAAGCAAACAUAAGCAAAUGGGACUGAGUUAAACUUAAAAGCUUUUGCACAGCAAAUGAAACCAUCAACUAAACAAAAAGGCAGCCUAUGGAAUGGGAGAAAAUAUUUGCAAAUGAGGCUGCUGACAAGGGGUUAAUAUCCAAAAUAUACAAACAGCUCAUACAACUCAAUCAUAGAAAAAAACCAAUCAAAAAAUGCACAGAAGACGUGAAUAGAUAUUUUCCCAAAGAAGAUAUAGGGAUGGCCAACAGGCACAUGAAAAGAUGCUCAACACUGCUAAUUAUUAGAAAAAUGCAAAUCAAACCCACAAUGAAGUAUCACCUCAAACUGGUCAGAAUGGCUAUUAUCAAAAAGCCUACAACAACAAAUGUUGGAGAGGAUGUGGAGAAAAGGGAACCUUUGUAUACUGCUGGUGGGAGUGUAAAUCAGUGCAGCCACUACAGAAAACGGUAUGGCGGUUCCUCAAAAACUAAAAAUAGAACUAACGUGAUCCAGCAAUCCCACUAUCUGGAAAAAAUGAAACCAUUAAUUUGAAAAGAUACAUGCACCCCAAUGUUCACAGCGUCAUUACUUACAAUAGCAAAGACAUGGAAGCAACCUGAGUCCCCAUCGCGAGAUGACUGCAUUAAGAAGAUGUGGUGUACAGAUGGAGAGAUAUACUAUGUUCUUGGAUUGGAAGAAUCAAUACUGUGAAAAUGACUAUGCUACCCAAAGCAAUCUACAGAUUCAAUGCAAUCCCUAUCAAAUUACCAGUGGCAUUUUUUACAGAACUAGAACAAAAAAUCUUAAAAUUUGUAUGGAGACGCAAAAGACCCCGAACAGCCAAAGCAGUCUGGAGGGGAAAAAACGGAGCUGGAGGAAUCAGACUUCCUGACUUCAGCCUAUACUACAGAGCUACAGUAAUCAAGACAAUAUGGUACUGGCACAAAAACAGAAAUACAGAUCAAUGGAAUAGGAUAGAAAGCCCAGAAAUAAACCCACGCUCCUAUGGUCAACUAAUCUAUGACAAAGGAGGCAAGGAUAUACAAUGGAGAAAAGACAGUCUCUUCAAUAAGUGGUGCUAGGAAAACUGGACAGCCACAUGUAAAAGAAUGAAAUUAGAACACUCCCUAACACCAUACACAAAAAGAACAUCAAAAUGGAUUAGAGACCUAUACGUAAGACCAGACACUGUAAAACUCUUAGAGGAAAACAUAGGAAGAACACUCUUUGACAUAAAUCACAGCAAGAUCCUUUUUGACCCACCUCCUAGAGUAAUGGAAAUAAAAACAAAAAUAACAAAUGGGACCUAAUGAAACUUAAAAGCUUUGGCAAAGCAAAGGAAACCAUAAACAAGAUGGAAAGACAAUCCUCAGAAUGGGAGAAAAGAUUUGCAAACGAAGCAAACGGACAAAGGAUUAAUCUCCAAAGUAUAUAAACAGCUCAUGCACCUCAAUAUUAAAAAAACAACCCAAUCCAAAAAUGGGCAGAAGACCUAAACAGACAUUUCUCCAAAGAAGAUAUACAGAGUGCCAACAAACACAUGAAAGAAUGCUCAACAUCACUAAUCAUUAGAGAAAUGCAAAUCAAAACGACAAUGAGAUAUCAUCUCACACCAGUCAGAAUGGCCAUCAUCAAAAAAUCUAGAAACAAUAAAUGCUGGAGAGGGUGUGGAGAAAAGGGAACCCUCUUACACUGUUGGUGGGAAUGUAAAUUGAUACAGCCACUGUGGAGAACAGUAUGGAGGUUCCUUAAAAAGCUACAAAUAGAACUACCAUAUGACCCAGCAAUCCCACUACUGGGCAUAUACCCUGAGAAAACCAUAAUUCAAAAAGAGUCAUGUACCAAAAUGUUCAUUGCAGCUCUAUUUACAAUAGCCCAGAGAUGGAAACAACCUAAGUGUCCAUCAUCGGAUGAAUGGAUAAAGAAGAUGUGGCACAUAUAUACAAUGGAAUAUUACUCAGCCAUAAAAAGAGACGAAAUUGAGCUAUUUGUAAUGAGGUGGAUAGACCUAGAGUCUGUCAUACAGAGUGAAGUAAGUCAGAAAGAGAGAGACAAAUACCGUAUGCUAACACAUAUAUAUGGAAUUUAAGAAAAAAAAAAUGUCACGAAAAACCUAGGGGUGAAACAGGAAUAAAGACACAGACUUACUAGAGAAUGGACUUGAGGCUAUGGAGAGGGGGAAGGGUAAACGGUGACAAAGCGAUAAAGAGGCAUGGACAUAUAUACACUACCAAACGUAAGGUAGAUAGCUAGUGGGAAGCAGCCGCAUAGCACAGGGAGAUCAGCUCGGUGCUUUGUGACCGCCUG